GCUGACAGAAAAUGAAUAAGUUAAAACAAUAAAUAAUAGAAUGCAGUACUCACAAGGAAUCGACCCGGGACAAACGACAAGCACAACAACGCACAUACCAUCAAGCCAACAUGCCUAAUAUAUAUACGUACUAAAUUUCAUUUCAAAAUCCAGGGCGGCGUGGGCCCCCCUGAUCCCUCGAUAGUUCCGCCCCUGUUUGUAUGUGAAUCCGGCCGCGGACAGAUAGCAAUAUACGACGGUUUGUAUGCUCGGUGGUCUAAUAUUCUUAAUUUCUAAUCGGCACCCAACAAUGUAUUUUCUUCUUUCAAUUUCAACAGCCGCUACAAUCUUCACGGUUUUCCUAUUUCUCUACUCAUGUUUGAGGAUCCUCAAAACCAAACCAACCAACAGACUCCCACCGAAAGCAGGGGGUGCUUGGCCUGUGAUUGGGCACCUCCGCCUUCUUGGUGGGCCACAACCGCCGUACAAAACUUUAGGCGACAUGGCUGACAAAUACGGCCCGAUCUUCACAAUCAAUUUGGGCGUCGAUCGUGCUUUGGUGGUAAGUAACUCCGAUGUUGCCAAGGAGUGCCUAACAACCCAUGACAAAGUCUUAGCAAACCGUCCAAAGAGUCUAGCCACUGAGCACUUGGGCUACAACCAGGCCAUGUUCGGUUUCAGCCCUUACGGCCCUUACUGGCGUCAAAUGCGCAAGAUUACCACAUCUGAGAUCCUCUCUAGUCACCGGCUCGAGAUGCUAAAGCACGUAAGAGAAUCCGAGAUCAAGAGUUCCAUAAAAGAUUUGUACCAACUAUGGACCCAAGCUCAAAGCGCCUUGAACCAAGUUCUGGUGGAUCUGAAGAAAUGGUCCGGAGACAUAACUGCGAAUGUGAUGUUUAGGGUAAUUGUGGGCAAGCGAUCUGUGAGUGAGGAGGGUCAAGAGGAUGUCAGAUGGAAACAGGUGUUGAGGGAUUUUAUUGGGUUGUUAGGGAAAUUUGUUGUGGCUGAUGCGCUGCCAUUUUUGAGGUGGUUGGAUCUGGGAGGUGAUGAGGCGGCCAUGAAAAAGACAGCCAAAGAAUUGGAUGGUUAUGUCGAGGAGUGGCUGGAAGAGCACAAGAAGAAGAGACUAAGUUCUGGUAAUCAGAUUGUAGAGGAAGACUUCAUGGACGUCAUGCUCUCCAUUCUUGAUGGCAGUCAACCUGAAGAGCUCACUGUUUAUAGUGCUGAUACUGUUAAUAAAGCGAUAAGCCUGGGUCUUAUUGUGGCAGGGUCAGACACUACUAUGGUUACUCUGGUAUGGGCCCUAUCAUUACUACUCAACAACCGUCAUGUCCUGAAUAAGGCUCAAGGAGAGUUAGAUGUCCACAUCGGAAGAGAAAGGUUAGCGAAAGAAUCGGACGUGAAAUCUUUGGUCUACAUAGAAGCCAUCGUAAAGGAAACAUUAAGAUUAUAUCCUGCCACACCAUUUUCGUUGCCACACGAAUCCAUGGAAGAUUGCGAUGUGAGCGGAUACCAUGUCCCAUCUGGGACUCGGAUUCUUUUCAAUCUCUGGAAAAUUCAGCGUGAUCCAAGCAUAUGGGAGGAUCCUUGCGAGUUUCGGCCAGAAAGAUUUCUCACAACUCACAAACACGUUGAUGUUAAGGGCCAGAACUUUGAGCUUAUACCAUUUGGAGCUGGGAGAAGAAUUUGCCCUGGAGUGUUGUUUUCUCUUCAAAUCUUGCAGCUCGCACUCACUAAUCUGCUUCAUGGGUUUGAUUUUUCAACACCAAAUGGUGAACCGAUUGAUAUGACGGAGAGCAUUGGAUUGACAAAUCUCAAAGCAACACCACUUGAAGUGCUUCUCAGUCCACGUCUCCCACCUCAUUUAUACGGAUAACACAAUCACCUAAGGUUUAUUGCAUUGUAUAAUUUACUGCAUCACAUGAGUAUGUAUGUUAUUCAGUAAUUAGUACUUUUUAUGUGAAUAUGAAGCACUAAGGCUGCGUUUGUCGCGCUAAA